CGGAGGGCGAGGGAGGCUGCGCUGCUAUAUGUAGCCCCGAAUCUUAGCCGGGGCAACUAUUGCGCCCGAAAUUGCCGAAGCGAACGCAACCCUUGCGAGCGCCACCCAACAUCCAUAUGUACAUGCGCCUCCAAAUCAAAUUGUAAACCUCCCUCUCUUCACGUCUCGUGAUCUACUUGUCCCGUUGUUGCGUAUUAUCAGCCACGCCGGCGACAAGUAAUCGGUACCGCGCGAGUGAUGGUUUGUGCGUCUUGAAUUGAUAAGUAUGAUUUGUUGUGCGCCCUGAAGAGAGAGAGAGAGAGAGAGAGAGAAGAGAGAGAGAGAGAAAGAGAGAGAGAGAGAGAGAGAGAGAGAGAACGACCGAGAAGACGAGGAAGAUGCCGCGGGCGUUCCUGAUUACGCAUCGCAGGUAUAACGGUGCUGAGGAAGAGCUCGGAAGAUCCGAAAAAGAUCUCAGUUCCGAAAGAAGCUCGAGGCUGACCGAUUACAGCGGCGGUCAGCCAACUUCCGAUGGCGCCAGCGAGUGCGGCAGCGAGACGUCGUCCGAGUGCCCCGAGGAGCUGUACAAUCUGACGAAGUUGGCGGAGGUGAGCCUGGCGGCAGCGGCUGGCACCCUGAUCCACCACAGCAAUGUCAUCUACCAGCGACCGGUGUCUCCCAGAAUCGCCCAGCACCCGGAGAAGAGCCGAGCGCUGGCGUCUCAACCUGUCGUACAGACAACUGCGAGCCAAGAGCAGGUUCUGAGCGAGAGGACAAGGCUCUUCCUCGAGAGGAUCGAGACCGAGCGGGAGAAGCUGGAGGGUCGCUGCGAGGAGAACACCGCCUUGGGAAUUCGCCUUGGGACGCCGCGACGCUCCACCUGCUCACAAGAAGAACCGGCUCUGUCAAAGGUGCCGAUCGUUCCCAGGAUCGGUGUCGACCCGACGCCAUCAGUGUUGGUGCCACCAGCGAGUUCCCAAAGUCGACGAACGACCGCGACGGACGCAGGCAAGGCGGAGCAGGACAACGAGGAUCACGAGUGUCCGGACUGCGGCAAGAAGUACUCGACCUCCUCGAAUCUGGCUAGACACAGACAGACGCACAGGUCGCUGGGUGAUAAGAAGGCCAGACGAUGCCCGCACUGCGACAAGGUCUACGUCAGCAUGCCUGCGUUCAGCAUGCACGUGAGGACCCAUAAUCAGGGCUGCAAGUGCCAUUAUUGUGGCAAGUGCUUCUCCAGGCCGUGGCUGCUGCAGGGCCACAUACGCACGCACACAGGUGAGAAGCCCUUCAAAUGUACCAUUUGCAACAAAGCCUUCGCCGACAAGUCGAACUUGCGCGCCCACAUACAGACGCAUUCAAACACCAAGCCUCACGUGUGUGGUCGUUGCGGCAAAGCUUUCGCCCUGAAGUCGUACCUCUACAAGCACGAGGAGUCGUCAUGCAUGCGUACCCACCACCGAUCGUCCACGGAGAAGCCUGAACAGAUUGAUCAGCAGAUUUCGUCGUCGGCGAAACCGAAUGCUCCGCUGUCUUCAUCCUUGAGUAGAUCGCAAACGACACCGUGCGUCACUUCAUCGCCCACCAGCGUCAUAGUUCCUCGAUUAGGAUCCGAGCGAGAUCAGAAGAGCUCGUCGUCGGCGUUCUCCGCGAUCAUCAGGCACACCAGGACGACGGAUGUGCCUAUGGCGACACCUUCGAAGCGGUCUUGCAGAGAGAGGACACCUUGUCCGGACGAUCGCGAAAGGCAAAGUCCGGAUUCGGCGAUAAAGGACCCGGAAUACGUGUCCAGGAUGGUCAUCAGAACAUCAGUGAUAUCUCCCAAUCCGGAGCACUUGCUUCGUUUCGAAAACGACGUUAAGAGUUCUUCGACUACAUUCGAUUACCCCGACCCGACGAGGCCUUCGGCUUUCUCGAGGCCCACCACGAUGACCUUAAACCUAGCUAUCGCUUAAGACUCAGUUGAUCGAUGCUGAGACUUAGACCAAACCGACCAUCUUGAUGUGUACUUCGCAAAGUUUUACGACAAGGAAUUAUCUGCAGUCUCGAGACUUGAUCGGGAAUUUGCUAGUGAGAGAUUCCUGACGAAACGAAAAUACGAUCAGAAAAUUAGCCGAUAAAUGUCUAUAACUUGAAAAAUUACCAGUACGCAAUACCGAAGAUGAGACUAUAGUUCAAGCAUAUUCAAUUAACGGAGAAGAUCUUGACCGACGGAACAUUAAUGUCCCAGAUAUUUUCUUCAGACACUGAUCUUUUUUAAACAAUUAAGAGAGAUAGAGAUAGAAAGAAUCGAUCUUUUCACAACAAGAACCUGGUUGAGAGUGGAACACCAUAUUUUAUCAGCGUGUAAAAUUUUCUACGAUAAUUCAAUAACGUUGUACAUCCUACGCAAUCUUGAUGACGUUUCUUCAGGCAAGAUAACGAGAAUUGUCCCGUACAAACGUCAGUUUUUCUUCCCACCGCAGUCGAACGAAGAUUACUUCUGGCAAUGCUGAAGUUGCGAAUUCGCGAUUAAUCGACCGAGUAUAUUCGCGCGUGACGAUUAUUAUAUUCCAAGCAUCUUCCGAAUUAGGGACCACCUAGCGAUUAGUCGUAAUAAUAACGUUAAAUCUGUAAGCCGUUGUGUUUAUAAUCUAGCGAUCCGUCGACAUAAAGUCGUGCCUUACGUAAUAAAUACCGGACACCGUGUAUGCGAGCGUGCAGAAUUCGACUUGGUUCGACACAGCUCCGACAGGAUUGGCGUGCACGGAUUUGCGUAGAAAGAAAUUUCCGAGGUGCAAGAGGCCGUCCUGGCGAGAACGUCCGUCAAAUGCCAAACGUGUGACCUCACCUAUUUAAAGACAUAGCGCCAUCGUCGUCGCGAGGCGUUGAGCGAUUAAAAUUGAUUAUCGACACGAACUGAACCGCAGUGUGCCUUCGCGUUAUUGUCUUAGAAUUAAAUGACAACGAGGGUCGAGGCUCUUCGAGGCAGCUAGCAAAACUCUAUGAGAUGUACAUACGUAUAGCGAGUUCCCAAAGUCUAAUGAAACCAGAGGUAUAUGUGCGUGCGUGCGUGC